CUUAAUGAAUAUUUGUUUAAAAAUUAUAUCAUUUUUUACUACAAAAUAGUACCUAAUCAAUUAAUGUAGGUAUUUAGAGUAAAGUAUACCCGCUUAAUUUUUAUUUAUUCACUGUGAAUUGGAAAUGUCUUCUUCAGAUAUUGUAUCUUUAGAUGACAACAGUAUAGUGAUAAAUGAUUUACCGAAUGAUACAGAAGCAGCUAUAAGGUAUAUUAAGACAUUAUUACCAGCAAAUCUAAAAGAUACAUUUAAAUAUCCACCAAUUGUAUUUAUUCAUCAACUUUAUGAUAUAGUACACAAUAAAACAUUGAUUAAUAAAGAGCUGGAUAUAUUAAAAAAACAGUGCAAAAUACAAUUACUCACAAUUGGAACGUCUGAUUCUUCUUCAGCCUUAAUAUUAUAUGAAGAUUAUGUAAAAUAUACUAUAAAAAUUUAUCCAGAUAAUUGUUGUGUCAAAAAAUUUUUAAAUAUUAUUUUACCUUCAAUAAAAUCAUUUUUAGUGGAAAAAUCAACUUUGCAACAAAAAUUUAAAUUACAGCAAUAUGAAUUGACAGAAUUGAUCAAUUGUGGACUUUUAUUGAUUAGAAAUCAAGAAAGUUAUUGGGUAUCUUUUCCAUCAUCAGGAAAUUUUAUAAAGCGUUUCAUUGAAGGUCGAAAAUAUAUUAUUCAAAUAAUUAAACGGAGAAAAUUUCAAGAAAUAUUAGAAAAUGACUUAGAAGUUCGAUGUGCUAAAGUAUCAAAGAUAAAAGAACUUGGUUUCAAAUACUUUUUACACGAAAUUAAAGGAUCAGAAGAUAUAAUUACAAUGAAUACAACAUCAGGAUGUCUUUUGAGAAUAAGCUAAACAACAAUUGUACUUGUGUAUUGAAGGGAAUUAUUUCACAUUAUAUUAUAAG